AUGAAGGAGACGGUCAUCCGGGUGGAGGAUCAGCCGCUGCCGCGGCCCGUGGACGAUGGGUCCCUAGAGUGGGCGCCCGGAGUGGGGGUGGGCUUGCCCGACCGCGUUCGAGACGCCUCUGUGUCCGUCAGCGCGGCCCUCAUCGCCACAGCCGUGAGGAAUGGCGCGGCGGGCGCCAUGGUGGCCACCACCCGCAUCCUGCUGGCCUUCAACGCCCUGGCCUUCUCCCGGCAGGUGGUGGUGGCCAUGGUGAACCGCGGCAGCGCCGCCGAGGCGGGCCAGCUCUGCUGCGUGGCCGUGGAGGGGGGCAACUCCGACAUCGUGGUCCGCCUGUCCAUCGAGCUCCUGGUCUCCGGCUUCACCCGGGAGGCCGCCGCGGUCGCGGCCGCCUUCUACGCCGCGGCGCGCAUGCGCUGGGCCAGCGCCGACCCCGUGGCGCAGCUGCUCAGCCAGGCCAUUGUGGCGGCGGUGCGCGCUGAGCACGCUGAGCAGGUGGCCGAUGUGACGGACCAGCUGGUAGAGGGCAGCCAGAACGAGCUGGUGCUGGACAUCAUGCGAGCCAUGGUGGCGGAAGGCCACGGACAGGAGGCCGGGGAGAUCUCGGUGGCUGCCCUGAAGCUGGGCAAGGCGGACGUGCUGUCCCAGAUCACCCACGAGCUGGGCGGGGCGGGGGAGGUGGGCGUCCUCACCAGCGUGGGCGUGAAUGCGGCGGUGGCUGGGGCGAAGGCCGCCGCCGAUAGCCUCAUGGAGGCCACGACGCACCUGGCAGGCUGCCAGCCGGCGGGCAAGAGCCCAGCACCGUCAGAAAACGGCAAAGGGCUUCCCCCUGAAAGCUGGUCGGAGUACUUCAGGGGGCUGCCAUACAAGCUUCGAGGCGGCCUGGACACGGCGCUCCCCAUCCCAGAUGUCCACGAACUGUUCUGGUCCUUCGUGGGGGCCUUUGUCUCCAUCAUGGCCAUCUCCCUGCUCAACCAUUUCGCAGGGGUGGAGGAGCAGAUCGUGUACCUGGUGGGCAGCUUCGGAGCGAGCGCCGUGCUCCUCUUCGCCGUGACGGAGAGCAAGCUGGCCCAGCCGCGGAACUUUGUGGGCGGCCAAAUCUUGGGCGCGCUGGUGGGGCUUGGCAUCCGCCAUGCCAUCCACGUGCCUUGGGUGGCCUCCCCCCUGGCCAUGGCCCUGUCCCUGACCGGCAUGCAGCUCACCUCCACCACCCACCCGCCAGGCGGAGCAACCGCCCUCAUCAUAGCAGCCUCGGCCUCCAUCCCCAAGUGGGCAGGCUUCAGCUAUGUGGUGGGCGUGGCCGGUGGCUGCGCCAUCAUGCUGGCCGUGGCUCUGAUUACAAACAACCUGGCGCCGAGGAGGCGGUACCCGACCUUCUGGUGGUGA